UCCAAUGUACAAGGUGUCUCUUCGGAAAAAAACCUGAGCCCCAGGGAGGCGGCGAGGAGCGACCGGGUUAGGGCUGGCGGGAACCGCGAGAGAGUGCGCUGGGCAGCGCUCGAGGACCAGCGGGAGCUCGGCCGCAGAGGACCCUCGAGACCUGCUUCUGAGAUCCCAGCUCCACGCUCUCCUCCCAUUUUACAGAUCCUCCCCCCCUCCCCGCGACUACAUCUCCCCAAAACGGAGCCUUUAUAUGAAAAGAAGGUGAGGGAGCUGGGGCAACCAGGACUUUCCCGGGCACCCAAGAUGCGCUCCAUUAGGAAGAGGUGGACGAUCUGCACGAUAAGUCUGCUCCUGAUCUUUUAUAAAACAAAAGAAAUAGCAAGAACUGAGGAGCACCAGGAGACGCAACUCAUCGGAGAUGGUGAGCUGUGUUUGAGUCGAUCACUUGUCAAUAGUUCGGAUAAAAUCAUUCGAAAGUCUGGCUCUUCAGUCUUCCAGCAUUCUGUAGAAGGUUGGAAAAUCAAUUCCUCUUUGGUCCUAGAGAUAAGGAAGAACAUUCUUCGUUUCCUAGAUGCAGAACGAGAUGUCUCAGUGGUCAAGAGCAGUUUUAAGCCUGGUGAUGUCAUACACUAUGUGCUGGACAGACGCCGGACACUAAAUAUUUCUCAGGAUCUGCAUAGCCUCCUACCUGAAGUUUCACCAAUGAAAAAUCGAAGAUUUAAGACCUGUGCAGUUGUUGGAAAUUCUGGCAUUCUACUAGAUAGUGAAUGUGGAAAAGAGAUUGACAGUCACAAUUUUGUAAUAAGGUGUAAUCUAGCCCCUGUGGUGGAGUUUGCUGCAGAUGUGGGAACUAAAUCAGAUUUUAUUACCAUGAAUCCAUCAGUUGUACAAAGAGCAUUUGGAGGCUUUCGGAAUGAGAGUGACAGAGAAAAAUUUGUGCAUAGACUUUCCAUGCUGAAUGACAGUGUCCUUUGGAUCCCUGCUUUCAUGGUCAAAGGAGGAGAGAAGCACGUGGAGUGGGUUAAUGCGUUAAUCCUUAAGAAUAAACUGAAAGUGCGAACUGCCUAUCCAUCACUGAGACUUAUUCAUGCUGUCAGAGGUUACUGGCUGACAAACAAAGUUCCCAUCAAAAGACCCAGCACAGGUCUGCUCAUGUAUACCCUAGCCACAAGAUUCUGUGAUGAAAUUCACCUGUAUGGAUUCUGGCCAUUCCCUAAGGAUCUGAAUGGAAAAGCUGUCAAAUAUCAUUACUAUGAUGACUUAAAAUACAGGUACUUUUCCAAUGCAAGCCCUCAUAGAAUGCCAUUAGAAUUCAAAACAUUAAAUGUGCUACAUAAUAGAGGAGCUCUGAAACUGACAACAGGAAAGUGCAUAAAGCAAUAAAGCACAUCUGAAACAUACAGACAGACUGAAUAUGCACUUCUUUUCUUGAAGAUGCUUCCUAAGAUUUGAAAACAGGAUCCAAAACGAGACUGGGUUUCAGCAUCCACCACUUAUCUGAAAGGUGAUAAAGGACGUUCAUGAGAAAUGCACUACCAACUGAUGAAAUACCUGCAAAGUGCUCUGAAAAUUAAGUAUUUUGACUUCAAGGGUCCUAGUAAGUGCCACUUCCACUAAGAACACAGUUUGAAUGUAUAAUCAGUAGUGUUUACAAGAUCCAACAAUGCACUCGUCAUUAGUUAAUGAAGCAAAAAUGUUCAUCACUGUUGGGCUGCCACUGCAACGCCAAGCACAUGAGAAGAGGAACCCAGGAACACAACUCAGCCCUUGGGGAAACUGAACCGUCCUGUCAGCAAAAAUCAAGAUGGAAACAGUUUGAGCAGUGAAAUCCAUAAGAUUAAAUAACUCAAAUAAAUGCCUUCAGUCAGGAUUCUGA